UUACAGCAGACGACAGGGGGGCCGACUGACUGACACUGUUUACAAACAAUAUAAUAUUGUGGCCCUAACCUGUCGUGUGAUCGUCGUUGUACGUCGUUGUACGUGGCUGUCAGUUCUUUUUAAACAACUAACGCAGCAGAAUAAUUUUGUUUCUGACAGAAGAACUGAUCACAUCAGCCUACAUAGGAGAAUUACAAUUCCACUGGAGUUGAAAACGUGAAUUCUGGAAGCGUUGAAGUGAAAGUGGACAAUGAAACAAGCAAGACCACCAGUAUUCAAACCAUUAACACAUACAGAAAAUACAUCUUUGUUCAAUUUUGAGCCUCCAGCUUCAACAGUAAGGACUUCAGCUCCUACUCCUUUCCACCGUUCAAAUGAGAACCAAAACAUCAAUAAUCAGAGUAAGCUGGGGCAAAAUCAGGAUGUUGGCACAGAGCGCCUUUCAUCACUCCAUGCAAAACUUCAUCAAGAGGCAGACAAAAUUCGAAAGUGGAAAGUUCAAACUGAAAUUGAACUGAAACAAAAGGAGAAGAAGAUACAUGAGGCAUCUACAACAAAUGAAUCACUUCGAAAGUCAAUUUUAGAGCUUCAGCUCCAGAAUGAAAAUCUAAGCUUGAAACUCCAGGAAGAAAUGGGCAAUAGAGAGGAUAUUGUUCAGAGAAUCAGCUCUACAAGACAGCUCUGUAAUAUUCUCAAGGACCAUGCCGUCAAACUGGAGGAAAAACUGCAACAUUGUGAAACGGAAAGAACAGAACUGAAGUAUUUGGAGAAGGAUCACCUUCAGCAGUUUGAGGAGCUGUCUGCAGAAUUCAAGAAACUGAAAAUCACAACCACUGAAAGUUGCAACAGGCUUGUCAAUCAGUUGCAGCUUGAAAGGGAUGACCGUAGCAGGCUUGAAGAAGCAUUAGAAAGCAAACUGACUGAUGCUGAAAUUCAGCUGAAAGUUUUAAUGGAUCAGUGUGAUGAAAAAGACAUAGAAAUCAGAGACGUCAGAACAAUGCUGCAGAGAAAUGAUGAAAAGAUACAUACUUUAGAACAAAGCAAUGCCUCGUUCCAUCAGAAGUCUGAACAACAGCUUGCAGAAAUUAAAUCCAAAGAGAGUGACUUGGUUACAACGUCAGAGCAGCUUCACUGUUUACAGGAAGAAAAAGUCCAGAAUGAAGAAAAAUUGAAAGAGCUAUUUGCUGAACUGGAAAACUUGAAAGAGGCCAAGAGCCUUCUGGAACAGACUGUGGUUUCUUCCAGAACUGAAUAUGAGACUAAACUAUCAUCCCUGCAGCAACAAAUUGAUGGUUUAAACUGCAGCCUACUUUCACAAGUUGAAAUCUGUAAGAAAUAUGAACAACAGUUAUCAGAAAUGUCAUCGCUGUCUGAAAACCUAAAGAGUUCCAAAGAUGUUCUUACACUUGAGAAGACUGAACUGGAAGGAACUGUGAAUGCUUUGAACAGGGACAUUAGUGAGUAUCAGAGGACUAUUGAUGAAAAGAUGAAUGACAAUGCAUGCUUAAAAGAAGAUCAAAGACGACUUAUAGGUGAACUGCAUGAAACAAAGCAACACACUUUGGAGUUACAGAAAACUGUUGAGCUUGAACAAACAGAAAAAGUACAAAAGGAGGAAGAGAACAAACGCUUGCUUGACAGAAUUGCCACCUGCGACAUCACAGUUCAAGAGAAACAUGAAGAAAUUCUAAAGAUAAAGCAACAGUGUCAGAUUUUGGAAAAUCAGCAACAUGCUUUCAGCUCAGAAUUUCUUGAUCUACAACAGUCUCUGAUGGCAGAAAAGGAGAAGGUGACAAAUACUUCCAUUUUGCUUGACAACACUCGAAGAGAACUCAGUUCCAAAGAACAGGAUAUUAAAUCCUUAGAUAGCGAAGCUAAGAAGUUAAAUAAAGACUAUGAGAUGUUACAAAAGGACCUCAGGAAAACAGAGGAUGAAUGUAGGAAGUUGAAUGAAAGUGUGAUCCAUAUGAAGGAGGAAAAUGAACAGUUGACACAGAAAACAGAAGAACUGCAAGAUAUCGUUGACACGUUGAGAGAUGAAAAGACAGAACAGGAUAAACACUUGGAUAAGGAGAUACAGUCAAAGACAAAACAAAUGUCAAGUCUAGAAGGAAAGCACAAAGACUUGAAAGGAGAGAUUACUACAAAGAAUAAGCAGAUCAGAGAACUGGAAAAAGAGAUCAAAGGCUUGAAGUCAAAAUUAACUUCUCAAGUGAAGAGUACAGAAUGCAAAUCAAGGGAGUAUGAUGAACUACAGGAACAAAUGGACACAUUCAAACUUGAAUUUGAUGACAUGAAAUCAAAACUAAUGAUAUCAGAUGAUGACUUGAAGAUGGCAAAGUGGAGGGAAGAACAGGCACUGAAACAGAUGGAAGAAAUGAAAGUAAAACUAGAGAAUGGUUUGAUGGAGAAGAAAGACACAGAGGAACGAUGUGAAUUCCAGCUCUCACAGAUGAUGGCUACCAUGGAAAAGUACAAACAAGAAAAUGGCAAGAUUGUACAACAGAAGGAAAAAGAGCUGGAACUCUUACGAUCUAAAUCUGAUCAGUUUACAUCUUUGAAACAGCAAAAUGAUGACCAGUGUGGAGAGAUGAAGAAAGAACUGGAAGAAAUGAAAGUAAACUUAAACAAGGAAAUAUCUGAGAAGAAUGAAGUUUUGUCUCAGUUGUCACAACAAAGGAAGAAAACUGAGAACUUGGAAAAGAAAUUUGGACAGAAGGAGACUAAAAUAUCUCAGCUACAGGAUGAGAUAAGGACCAUGAAGCAAUCAAAACAGAAAAAGCGUACAUCAAGUGCUCUUACACAGACAAGUCCAAUGUCCUCACCUGUAGCAAUUUCAAAUCCUCCAGCUACAACACCACAAGUGUCAAAGCAGAGACAGCUCUCCCAAUAGCCCGCAAACAAGGACACCUCAGAGUGCAUUCAAAACUCCACAGAGAAGCAUUCUGCGGAAUGUGAACUCAGUAUCAAAGAGGAGAAAGGUUGCCUUUUCAUCACAUGAUGAUUCAGGAAACCACUCAGCAUCAGACUCAGAUUCUUCGACAGAAUUGAUGGAGGUUGAGCUGGAGAAUAUUGAUGUAAGGCAGAUGAAAAAUGCCAAAACUACACCAGUCUUGAUACGCCCCUCACCUAAAGUGAAACCAUCUCCAAAGGUAGCAACACCAGAUAUGAGAAUUGAGGCAACACAGAAAACACCUCUUGUUAGAGUCCCUCGGGGUCCACCUGUUAAACUCAAGGAGAAAAGAGAGGUUUCAAAGUGUGCCAUGCACGAAGAAAGGGAGAAAUUUAAAGAACUCUUACCAAACCAAUAUGGAGAACUGAUUAGCAGCAGGGAAAAUACACAAAAGAUGAAGGUAGACAAACAACCUACCCAUGUCAGACACACUCCUUCCAAGAAUACCACAAAGUUUUUCAAAGGAUCCCCAAGGGAAAGGUUGUACCAAAAAAACAAGAAGGGUGAAAAAGAUGAUAUAGCCUGGUUUGAUUUAGACUCAGUGUUUGGAUUUGGUCCUGAAGAUUAAUUUUUGCAUCAUUUUUAAUUUGGUUGCUUUGUACAGGUUGGCUAAAUGCUUGACCC